CGCCCGCGAAGGCAGCGCCGCUCGUCUAACGUCUCAAACUCAUCCUUCUCAUCCACAUCCCCCGAACGCGAAGUCGACGAUGAUAACGACUCCUUCAUGCUGCAGCCCAACGACUCGCAGUCGUCGGUAGCUGCCUCACUCGACCUCAUGGACGACGCCAAUUUCGAAGAACGAUGCCGCCUGUCUCCCGUCUAUCGUCUGCCUGCCGAAUUGCUCAUCGCCAUCUUCGGUCGUCUCGCUUCAACAAAAGACCUCAUGUCGUGUAUGCUUGUGUCCAAGGAUUGGGCACGAAACAGCGUCGCCCUGCUGUGGCACCGUCCACAAACCAACAAUUGGGCCAGCAUACACAGCGUCGUCAAGUCAAUACGCAAGACCGAUCGCUUCUUUGCCUACCAGGAUCUGGUCAAGCGGUUGAACCUGUCCACUCUGGCUUCCCAAGUCAGUGAUGGCACCUUGAUGGGCUUGACAAGCUGCAAACGUAUUGAGCGUCUGACUUUGACCAACUGCGCCAAGUUGACCGACCUGAGUCUGAGCAGUUUAAUUCAUGGAAACCGCAGCCUGAUAGCCCUGGAUGUCACUCAACUCGACCAACUCACCGAUCGCACCCUUGAGCUUGUCGCUCGCAACUGUGUCCGCCUGCAAGGUCUCAAUAUGACUGGUUGUCGGCGUCUCACAGAUCAAUCUCUGGUCCAGGUAGCCCAGAAUUGUCGUCAACUCAAGCGUCUGAAGUGCAACAGCUGCUCUCAGCUGACCGACGUCUCGAUGCUCAGCGUCGCCCAGAACAGUUCACAUCUGUUGGAGAUUGAUCUCUAUGAUCUUCCACUACUCGAGUCAGAAUCCAUCACAGCACUCCUGACUCAAUGUCGACAACUCCGUGAACUGCGACUUGCCCGUUGUCCACUCAUUACCGACCAGGCUUUCUUGCAGCUGCCACCCAAGGCUGCUCCCUUUGACGCCUUGCGUAUCCUCGAUCUUACUGAUUGUCAAGAACUCACUGACAAAGCUAUCGACAAGAUUGUGCAGACUUGUCCCAAGCUGCGUAACUUGAUUCUCGCAAAAUGCAGACAGCUUACCGACAGAGCCGUGUGGGCCAUCACCAAGCUUGGCAGAAACUUACACUACAUCCAUCUAGGCCACUGCGCCCGCAUCACCGACGCAUCCAUCAUCGCCUUGGCAAAGUCGUGCACUCGCAUUAGGUACAUCGAUCUCGCCUGCUGUAGCAAUCUCACCGACCAGAGUAUCACUCAAUUGGCAAACCUCCCCAAGCUUAAGCGUGUUGGUCUCGUCAAGUGUGCCGGCAUUACUGACAGAAGCAUUCAUGCUCUUGCUACCUAUGGUGGUCGGGUCAUGCAGAAGCCCCGGGAUCGUCAACACAACGUUAGCGCUCUCGAACGUGUUCACUUGAGCUAUUGCACUCUUCUUACUCUCGAUGGCAUCCACACAUUGCUAAACAACUGCCCGCGCUUGACCCAUUUGAGUUUGACAGGAGUUCAAGCCUUCCUCCGCGACGAUCUGACCGUCUUCUGCCGUGAAGCUCCUGCAGAGUUCAACGACCAUCAGCGCGAAGUCUUUUGUGUCUUCUCGGGCAAUGGUGUUAUCCGCCUUCGCGAGUACCUUAACCGUGCUAGCGGUCCUGGACUGGAUACCGGUAUGGUCAACGACUCUGACGACGACGGCGAU